AUGGCCUCGUCAAAGUUCCUGAAGACCCGACCUACGUAUCGCGCCUUCGCAUCAAAGUUUUCCAACGUAGGGAUUUUCGGCAUCUACAAAUUCCCGCGUUUGUUCUUCGAUUUGACUGUUCUAUCCUUGAAGAUCACCCUGGCGACGUUGAUAGCGACUUUCAGGAUCAUCGUCCCCCCAGCGAUGAAGAAUCUCUCGGGAGAGACGGUUUUGAUAACCGGGGCGGGUCAUGGCAUCGGCAGAGAAUUGGCGAUACAAUUGUCAGCUCUCGGUUGCAACGUGGUCUGCUGGGACAAUGAUAAGGAGGCGAAUAAGUCGACGAUGAACGCCGUUUUGAAAAUCGGAGGACAGGUCUACGGCUUCGUGGUGGACGUGUCAAAGAGAUUCGAGGUCCGUGAGACCGUGAGAUUGAUGAGGAAAGUCGGCGUGCCGGAAGUGACGGUGCUAAUCAAUAAUGCGGCUGUUUUGGUGCACCGUCCUCUUCUUGCCCACGAUUCUGACAACAUAGAGCGAAUUUUUGGCGUCAACGUUAUGUCGAAUUUCUGGACUAUAGAGGCGUUUCUCCCGAGAAUGUUGCUAAACAAUAAAGGCCACAUUGUCUGCAUGAGCAGUAUGUGCGGCAUUUAUGGAGUGCCAUUAAAAGUGCCCUACUGUUCGUCGAAAUUUGCAAUCAGGGGGCUUAUGGAAGGUCUUCACGAGGAACUCAGGAUGGACCCCAAAAAGCCGAAAAUUAAUUGCACCACGAUUUACCCCUUUUGGAUAGACACUGGAUUGGACAAAGAUCCGAAAUAUAGAUUCCCGCAAAUAUUCGGAGUAGUAACACCGCAAUACGCGGCGCAAGAAGUCAUCAAAGCCGUCCGAAGGAAUUACACGGAAUACUCGAUCCCAAAAUGCCUCUUAUUUCUAAACUCGAUCAACAGAAUCGUUCCUGAAAAGGUGAUGCGCUUGACCCUCGACUUUCUGGCUGACGGGGACAAAAACCAAAAAGAAAACAAUGCAAUUAAAGAUCAUCAAAUGAAGUGCACAUAA